AGCUAUGUUGACUACAUACAAAUUCUGGCAUUUGAUUUUCAUGGACCAUGGAGUGACGUCACAAGCUUCUCCUCGCCACUUUUUUCCCGUGCAUCUAAUCCAAGAUUCAAUCAACAGCUUAGCCAGGCAUGGGCUGUCGAUAGGUGGAUUUCAGGAGGGGCUCCGCGCAUCAAGUUGAUCCUUGGUUUAACCGGAGCCGCUACGUCAUUUACUCUGGCAAACAGAACCGCGACUGAUGUAGGAUCCCCUGUGAAAGGUGCUGGGAAGGCAGGACCGUUCAUGGGUCGUGAAGGACGCGUGACUUAUUAUCGGGUAUGUGAGAUGAUAAGGAACGGUGCGAUACAGCGAUGGGACGAUGAACAGAAGAUGGCAUAUGCUUACAUGGAAGACCAGUGGGUGGGGUAUGGCAACCCAAAAAGUAUGAAAGAAAAGGUGAAAUUUGCAUACAGUCGCAAUAUUGCUGGAGUUAUGUUUUGGUCUAUGGAUCAAGACGAUUUUACGGGACACUACUGCAACGCUGGAAAAUUUCCACUUCUUACCGCUAUCUAUAACGCAGUAAAAGAACUGACACUGAAAGACAAUCACGUUGUUGGUGACGUCAGUACGAGCACUACACAUGCCACAACACCGAACGAUUCUCCUUUUCAUCACCAAACAAAUAAAAAUGGAAUCGUUUCAAAUUCAGCAUGUGAACUGAAGAACUUCUGCUAUUUCACCAACUGGUCGAACAAACUAGCGUCAUUUGAUGCCAGAUUUGAAAUCAGGGACAUUUUUUGUUACUCUGUGUACACACCUUAUUUACGCUUUUGCCAACAUCGAUGGAACCAAUAUGAAACUUAUACCAUCUGAAAAUGACGAUGACAACGGUCAACUCGUAAAUACGAAAGGAAGAUAUUUCGAUUUUAACUGAAAAUAGAACAUCGGAACUUAGUGACACUGUUGUCUAUAGGCGGUGCUUCGGCCAGACAUGGCGGAUUUAUACAAGUCGUUAAUUCGCCACAAACGAUGAAGUUGUUCUCCAGGAAUGUCGCGAUAUAUCUGAGGGAUCGCGAUUUCGACGGUAUCGAUGUUGAUUGGGAAUGGCCAAACGAUAUAUAUCGAAACAAAUAUUCAACAUUGCUAAAGAUAAUGAGGGAUGAGUUCGACAAAGAAUCUGUAAGAACUAAUAAACCACGUCUGUUGAUUUCCAUCGCCGUCGGCGUCGGGGAACAAAUAAUAACUGACUCAUAUAACAUUUCAGAAAUUUCAAGGUAUGUUGACUACAUACAAAUUAUGGCAUAUGAUUUUUAUGGACCAUGGAGUGACAUCACAAGCUUCUCCUCACCACUCUUUUCCCGUGCAUCUAAUCCAAGAUUCAAUCAACAGCGUAGCCAGGCAUGGGCUGUUGAUAGGUGGAUAUCAGGAGGGGCUCCACGCAACAAGUUGAUUCUAGGUUUGACCGGGACUGCCACAACAUUUACUCUUGCAAACAGAACUGCAACUGGUGUAGGAUCCCCAGUGCUGGGUCCAGGCAGAGCUGGACCGUACCUGGUCCGUCGUGGACACGCACCUUAUUAUCGGGUAUGUGAGAUGAUAAGUCACGGUGCAAAACAUCACUGGGAUGAUGAACAGAAGAUGGCAUAUGCCUACAUGGAAGACCAGUGGGUUGGGUACGGUAACCAGAAAAGUAUGAAAGAAAAGGUGAGGUUUGCCUACAAUCAUGUUAUCGCCGGCGUCAUGUUUUGGUCUAUGGAUCAAGACGAUUUUCUGGGACAUUACUGCAACACUGGAAAAUUUCCUCUUCUAACCGCUAUUUACAAUGCAAUAGAAGAACUAACGCCAAAAGAUAAUCACGUGGUUGGUGACGUCAGCACAAGCACUAUGCAAUACAGACCAUCGAAAGAUGUUCCUUAUGGCAUAGUUAUCGGAUAAUGAACAAUAAACAUGAUUUUACUUAAAUUUAACUUUUAAUUAAAUUUCCAAAGAUCUUGAACAAGGAUACGUUUUAUCUGAGGCAUGCUUAUAAACGAACCUUCAAUAUCCGCUCUGUCAAUCUCGUAUUCAGUACG